ACGCAAGCUAACAAAUUUAACAAAUACAAAUUAUUAUUAAACGAAGAAGCUUCGAUUUUGAUUUAAAUUUCGAUUCGAGAGACAUUUCAGUCUGAUAACGAUCGUCCGAAAGUGAACAGUGAAUAGUGAACGCCGCGAAGCUCUCGCCAUGAAGUCGGUGUUUGGUGCCAGUGCUGUUAUUACACUCCUCUACUUCCUCCUCCUUGGCGGGCCGUCCGCCUUCGCUCAAUUUAACAAUCAGCGCCGGCAAGUUCGUCAGAACUGCAUCACUCCAGAGAACUACUAUGGCAGCUGCGUGGCGCUUAGAUACUGCCCCCAGGUGGUGAACGUAUUCCAGAGCACCAGCAGAGAGCGCGCUGAGCGCUAUGUGAUCGCCCUGCAACGCAGCUGUGGCACCCGCAACUUCAAUGGGGAUCCGGUGCUGUGCUGUACUUCUCCGCAGAAUAAUCCACAGACCACAGAGCGGCCAUCCAAUCCCUUCUUUCCCAAAGAGCAACCGUUUGUGGGUCCUCAGCCGCCGCCAGAUGUGCCCAAUCGCAAUCCCUUCCUGACCACGCAGCGACCACCCACCACCACCACAACGACGACAACGACGCGUGCUCCGGUUACCUCGGCAGCACCGCUGGUGGAGCUCCGUGGACCCGUAUGCCGUGGACCGGACACCAAGCCCGGCAAUUGCGUCGAUAUCAAAAGCUGCCCUUUGUUGCUCAAUCAACUGAUUGCCAAGCAGAAGGAUUCCACCUUCGUGAGCUUCCUGCAGGCCUCGCAGCGCAUCUGCGGCAACGUAGGCUCCACGGUCUGCUGCCCCAAUGGCCAGACGGCGACGAAUGAGCCGGUAGUCACUCCCACAGUCAGCACGGAGGAUGUGCCCCGACGUCUGCCCAAUGUGGAGGAGGGAUGUGGCUACACUCUGAACACCUUCAAGAAGAUCGUUGGCGGCGAGGUGAGUCGCAAGGGGGCCUGGCCCUGGAUUGCACUCUUGGGCUACGAUGAUCCCUCCUCGUCGCCGUUCAAGUGCGGUGGCACUCUGAUCACCGCCAGACAUGUGCUCACAGCGGCCCACUGCAUCCGUCAGGACCUAAUUUUCGUGCGACUGGGCGAACAUGAUCUCUCCACGGACACCGAGACGCGCCAUGUGGACAUUAAUGUGAUCCGAUAUGUGUCCCAUCCGGAGUACAAUCGCCAAAAUGGACGCAGCGACAUUGCCAUUCUGUAUCUGGAGCGGAACGUGCAGUUCACGGACAAGAUCACCCCCAUCUGCCUGCCCCACACGCCACAGCUGCGGGGCAAGUCCUAUGUGGGCUACAUGCCCUUCGUGGCUGGCUGGGGCAAGACCCAGGAAGGCGGGGAGUCGGCCACCGUGCUGAACGAGCUACAGAUCCCCAUCUUCGACAACGAGCAGUGCCGCGAGAGCUACGCCAAGCAGAAACGGUACUUCUCCGCCGACCAGUUCGACAGUGCGGUCGUGUGUGCUGGCGUCCUCACCGGCGGCAAGGACACCUGCCAGGGCGACUCCGGUGGCCCACUGAUGAUACCCGAGCCGUACCAGAACAGCGUGCGCUUCUAUCUGAUCGGCGUGGUCUCGUACGGCAUUGGGUGUGCGAGGCCGGAGGUGCCCGGCGUCUACUCUAGCACCCAGUACUUCAUGGACUGGAUCAUCGAGCGGGUCCAGGAGACGACCUGAGAUUGAGAUGCCAUCCACUUCUAUCCAUUGUAUUUUUUUUCUACCUAUGUAAUAAGCUCUCCCCCAACUCGAAGUAAACUUCCUCUCAGAUUCUGUAAGCGUAAAACUCUCGGAA